CUCCAUCCUCCUCCUCCUCUUCCUCCCCCUCCUCCUCCUCCUCCUCCUCCCCCGAUGGGACCCCCCGGCCCCGCCACGCGGCUUUUGCCCCCCCUCGUUCUGGCGCUCGCAGGGGUCGCCCGGGGCACCUUCACCGUGGUGGCCUGGCCGCGGGUGGCCGUGGUGGCCUUCGGGGGCUCGGUGGCCAUCAACUGCAGCCGCAGCGCCUGCCCGGGGGGCAACGCCACGCUGGGGCUCGAGACCCCCCUGCCCGCCGCCCCCGGGGCCGGGGGGCUCCGCUGGCAAAGCUUCCGCCUCCAAAACGUGUCCCAGUGGAACCCCGGGCCCGUCACCUGCUCCGGCCGCUGCGGCCACACCGAAGCCAACGCCAGCGCCGGCGUCCUGGUCUACCAGCUGCCGGAGCGGGUGGCGCUGGAGCCGGUGCCGGCGGCGGCGGUCGGGGACAGCCGGAAUCUGACGUGCCACGUGCUGGAGGUGGCCCCGCUGAGGAACCUGACGGUGACGCUGCGGCGCGGCGCCGAAACGCUGCGGACCGAGAGGUUCGGUGACACCGAGGGCAGCGCCAGCGUGGCCGUGAGUCACCUGCUGACCGUCACCCGCGGCGACCACGGGCAGGAUGUCACCUGCCACGCCGAGCUGUCGCUGCGGCCGCACGGGCCCCUCUUCGCCCGUGCCGCUGUCCCCGUCACGCUGUCGGUGUUCGCUCUCCCGGAGCCCCCCCAGCUCCAGGCCCCCGCCAUUCUCGAGGCGGGCACCGCCGGCACCGCCAGCUGCCGGAUCGCCGGCGCCUUCCCGGCCGGCGACAUCCGCGUCACCGCCGCCCUGGACCAGGAGCCGCUGAACGUCACCGUGGCGGUGGCCGGGGACACGGUGACAGCCACCGCCACGCUGUCGCCGCUCACGCCGGGCCCUCGGGAGCUGAGCUGCACGGCCGCGGUGGCCGCGGCGGCACGGACGGCGCGGAGGCAGCUCCACGUCUACCGAUUCCCGGCGCCCGCCCUGGAGCUCAGCCCGGCCUCGGCGCCGGCGGGCAGCGAGGUGACGGUGACGUGCCACGCCGGUGCCACCGAGCCAGCCACGGUGCGGCUGCAGCUCCGCGAUGCCGACGGCGGCGUCCUGGCCGAGGGGCCGCAGCCCCGGCUGGACCUCAGGGUGGUGGCCCGGCGCGACGACGACGGUCGCGAAUUCCGGUGCCGGGCCAGCCUGGCCGUCGGUGACACCGUGGUGACAAAGGACACGGACGCGCGGCUCGCGGUGCUCUAUCUUCCCGAAAUCCCGGCCAGCGGCUGCCCCGGCAACCGCACGUGGGUGCGGGGCACGCGGGAAGCGCUGUCCUGCCGCGCCACCGGCAACCCCGCGCCCACCGUGGUGUGCGGCCGCCACGGUGUCGCCGUGGCCACCGGCGAACCCGAGCCGGUCACCCGCGCCCGCGCCGGCACCUACGUGUGCAACGCCACCAACGCGCUGGGGACGCGCAGCCGGCGCGUCACCGUCCGCGUGGAGUAUGAGCCCACGCUGUCCGAGUCGGGGUGUCCGGCCCGCCGGGUGUGGGUGGAGGGACAGCGGCGGGAGCUGGAAUGUCGCGCCGACGGGGACCCCCCGCCCAGCACGCGCUGUGCCCGUGACGGCGGCACCCAGCACGGCGCGGUCACCCACGGCCGGGGCGGCCGCGUGGUCACUCGGGCCGAUGGCGGCCGCUACGUGUGCAGGGCCACCAACCGGCACGGGGUGGCCGUGCGGAGCGUCGUUGUCACCGUGGAGUACCAGCCGAGCAUCGGCGAGCGCGGCUGCCCCGAGCGGCGGCUGUGGCUGGAGGGGACCCCGGCCGAGCUGGGCUGCGCCGCCACCGGGAACCCCCCGCCCCGCGUCACCUGCGCCAAGCUGGGCGACAGCCGCGACAUCGCCACGGCCACCCCCAACGCCACCCGCGCCGAGCUGGGCGACAGCCAGGACCCCUCCCAGGCCACCGCCAAUGUCACCCGGGCCCACGCGGGCACCUACCAGUGCCGGGCCACCAACGCGCACGGCUCCGCCGUCCGCAACGUCACGGUCGCCGUCGAGUACGGCCCCGCCGCUGUCACCGUGCGCGUGCUGCCCUCCGCCAACGUCACCCGCGGCAGCGGCUUCACCGUGGACUGCGGCGCCGAGGCGGUGCCGGCGCCCACCUACACCUGGGCGCUGCCCCCCGCCCCCAACCUGCGCCUGGCCGCCGACAACCGCUCGGUCACCGUCACCAGGGCCACCACGGCCAACCGGGGCCUCUACACCUGCACGGCGAGCAACCGGCACGGCCGGCGAGCCGGGAGCGUCGUGGUGCGGGUGGACGAGAGCUGGCUGGCGGUGCUGGUGGCACUGGGAGCGCUGGGCGCUGUCACCGCGCUGGGGCUGGCGGUGGCCGGGGGCUACUACCUGAAAACCACGGCGUGCAAGAAGGGCGAGUACAACGUGCGCGACGCCGAGGGCUCCUCCGAGGCCGCGUGUCUGCACCGGCACCGCGACAACCGCGGCGACAUCUUCGGCAUCCAGCUCACCCAGCCCUAACCCCUCCCUGCCGGGGACACCCCAAAAAGCCGCUCUCGGGGCGUUUUGGGGUGCUUUUGGGGUACGAGGAUGCCAAGGAUUCUUUCAAAGCUGCACCGGCACAACCGCGGGGAGGUUUUUGGGAUCCAGCUGUAACCGGGACCAUCCCCAUUCUUGAGGGGUUUGGGGGACCCCAAAGACCCCCCCCGCCCCAUCGCAGGGGUUUUGGGGGGAUUUUAGGGGGUACAACAUCCAGGACAACGAGGGCUCCUCCGAGGCCGCUUGUUGGCCGCGUGGGGAGGGGGUUUGGGGGUCCCCAUAGAGCCCUCCUCGGUCCCAAAGGGAUUUUGGGGGAUUUGAAGGAUUUGGGAGCCGCAACUCAGGGCUGGGUGCUCCGGGGGGGCCGCGGGGGCGGGGCCAGCUCUUCCCGGGCGGAUAAAGUGACACCCAAUAAAUGAUCCCGUUUUGAUGGGAGGCCACCA